CCUUUUGAAGCUUCCAAGAGGAAAUGGAUGGUGUACUAAUCCACUCGAUAUAGUACCUGAGUUACUCGAGUACUUAUUCUCUACUCUCUUCUUCGUUUGGUUCAGCAAGGUUGAAUCUGAAGGAUCUACACGUGGAAAAGAAAAGUUCUUAUAUGAGUGAUAGAAGAAUUUGAUUUUAGGAAAAAGAAAUACGAGAUCUGCUCGUUUCUGCGGGAUGCCAUCGACCAAAUCUUGAAUCGUCUCAAAGUACUCGUUCCCCAUACGUACAGACACGACAACAGAAAGAGAAAGCCCGUCGAUCAUUAGAAGAUAUAUACCUUCACCAGCGCCUCUUCCAUUACCUCAUCCUGAGACAUUAUUUUGUCAUUCAAAUUCUGGAAGACGUCUCCAAGUGAUUAUCAGACAAGGGCUCGGUGUUGUCUUUAGCAGUGCAGUUCAUUUUGAAACUGGUGCCAGAGAGAGACCAAUACCACCUUCAUUUAAAAACGCGACUAGCACGAACUCUAGUUAAAAAUUCUCCGGUCUGGUAGUGCCUCCAAAGAAAUCAAACAGAUCUCUCGACACAGAAUUCAUUCAGUCAGCCCCUUGAAGUCACGAGGUUCAAAUCAACAAGUAGAUAUUGUCAGAUCACCAAUUUCGAAAUUUCGUCCUCGUCAGACUAGUAUUGUAACUUUCACUCCUGCGUUUCAGAAUCGGACCUACUCGUCUUUGCCUGACCAAAGCAUAGUGCGUCAUUUGCUGGCUAUACUGCAAGCCAUUAGACGUCAGAGCAGUAGGAAGCGAGCGAACCUUGCAAUUUUGAAAGAAAGGGCCACUGAGCAGCGCAAGGACUUUAUCCAUAAAGGAAUUUAAUCAAAAAUUUAGUUCCAGAUUGGGAACCUUUAACAAUGGUUGUCAAUAGCAGCAAGUCGUUUGGACAUGCAGCUGCGAAAGAAUAUGAAGAGAGCCAAGAUGAAGAUACCUCCGCCCAAUUUGAAUUAGACGAAAAUUGUACCCAUUACACUUCCUUGAAAGAAGUGCCCUGGGAUCUACAUAAAUACUGGCAGCAGCGUUAUAGCAUGUUCUCACUCUACGACAAUGGUAUCUAUAUGACAGAUGAUGCUUGGUUCGGCGUUACCCCUGAACCGGUAGCUACUCAAAUCGCUCAAGACUAUGCCUCUUCUACAUCGCCCACAAAAACAACUAUAAUUGAUCUAUUCGCUGGCGCUGGCGGCAACUCCAUCGCGUUCGCUCUUUCCAACCGUUGGGCCCAUGUCAUAGCCAUUGAGAAAGACCCCUCGGUUAUCGCCUGCGCUGAAAACAAUGCCUACGUCUAUGGUGCCACAAACAUAACUUGGGUUAAUGGAGACUGCUUUGAGUACCUCAAGACUCACGCCUCUUCUAUUAAUCCUUCAGAAACUGUCAUUUUCGCAUCCCCACCAUGGGGAGGUCCUGGCUAUACUUCUGAAAAUAUCUUCGAUCUGAGAACUAUGCAACCAUAUUCUGUGCAGUAUAUUCACGAGGCAUGUAAGGCAAUGGAUACAGCAUUGUAUCUUCCACGAACAAGCGACCUCAGACAAAUCUCUGCACUGUUGCCCGAUGGAAAGAAGGUUGAGCUUGUGCAAUAUUGCAUGAAGGGAGCGAGUAAAGCGCUAGUGGCGUAUAUUCCAGCAAUUCAAUGAUAAUGAUUUGAUCGGUUUGAUGAAGAAUUCGGAUAUCCGGGUGGAGCUGCAAGUCGAGGUGCCUUGAAGCCUGAGGGCUGCAGCAUACCUCCGGUCUAUCAUGUGGGGAUUGGUACAAAAUUUUGUUGCAUAUCGGAAAUUCCUGAGGCAAAUGGUGGGAGAAGACUUGGCCACUUGAGCAAAAUUUCGAAACAUGCAGAUGGCAUCAAGUGGCUUAUGAUAUAAAUCUAUACAUGUGGAAAAGAGGAUAUUUAUCUCUAGUAUUUGAAGGGCUU